UUUUUUUUUCUUUUCUUCUCUUCUCUUCUGUUUUCCUUUUAUUUUUAUUUUUUUUUUAAAUGUCAUGAAAGCUCGUGAUACUAUUCAAAUUGAAAAGAAACGACAAAAGAAUCCUUUAGCCUUCCUUUUUCGACAUAAACCUUAUUUCCUUUGUGGUGGUAGUUAUAAACCAGAAGUUCCUUUUAGUAUCACUGGUAUCUUUGGUGCACCUUUGGAAUGUGCUGCUCAAUGUGGUACAUUAACACCUUAUGGUUUAUCAGUACCAGAUCCAGUCAAUCGUUGCUUUACAGAAAUAUUGGCAAGAGGAUUACGUGUAGAAGGAUUAUUUCGACUCUCAGGUGCAGCUAUGGAAGUGGAUCAACUUCAACAACAAUUCGAUCAACCUCCCACUUAUGGAAAAUAUUUGGAUCUGACCAAUAACGAUAUUCAUGCCAUUACAAGUGUUGUUAAGAAGUACUUGCGUCAUUUACCAGAUCCUGUUAUUCCUAUUGCUUAUCAUGAACCAUUUUUACAAUUACAUGCCAAUUGGACAGAAAAUGAUCGUGGUUUAGUUUAUGAAUGGGCCAAGAUGAUCAAGAAUGAUUUUCCAACAACUCAUUAUCACGUCAUGCAUUAUAUUAUUUUGGUGGUAUCAUGGGUUCAACAUUAUCAACAUUUAAAUUUGAUGAAUCCAGAAGCUCUUGCUGUGGUAUUGGCACCUAUUUGUUCCGGAUUAGAAAAAAAUGUCAAUUUAGGGAAAUAUGAUAACAAACGACAACAACAACAAUUAUUGGGAAGUGUGGAUGAAGUGAUGGCUGCCAACUCUAGAUGGACAACAGUAUGGACUUUAUUAAUUCAACAUCAUGAUAUAUUAUUAGAUCAUUGGCGACCAUCUAAUACUCCUGAUAUCAUCCAUUCUGGUUUAUGGCAACGACAUUCAAUACCUACAAUAAUGAUGGAAUCUGAUACACCUUGGACUCAAUCAACAAUCACAGUACCAGAAGAGGAUUUAUUGGAUAACUCAUCAAAAACAAGUGGAGAUGAUCGAUAUGGAGUGAUUGUCAUGCGAAAAGGCUAUAGAGGACGACAUAUACCUGGUGUAGCAAAAGAUGAUGAACAUAUCUAUAAUGAUACCCCUUUACCACCAUUACCUAUUCCAGAAUAUCAUCCUGAACAAGAAAAGAAGAAACGUCAUUUUUUAUUACGAAGACCAAAAUCUAUUGCCUCUCUUCAACCACGUAUCAAAACAUCUAGUUUAUUCUGAUUUUUUUUAUUUAUUUCUGUACAUUGUUUUUUUUUUAUUUAAUAUAUUUUUACUUGUAUUACCUUUUUUGUUUGUGAUGAAAUAAAGUUUUUUUCUUCUAAUGACAAAAA